AUGAUCCAUGGGAAUGCACACAGAUCAGUCAUGGGCAUGCUGGUCUUAUCAGUAGGAAUACCGAGAAAACCUGAAUUCACCGCAAUUACUUUUGGGAGAAAGUUUUGCUUGGAGUUGAUUUUUGAUGUAUAAGGUAUGUUUGUAGCGUUAAAAUGACGAUUUACCUUCAUGAAAGAGAUAAACCCCAAUCUCUCUUACUUUACGCGCAAAAGCGCACGGCAUGAGGAACGCGCGUCAAAACUUCUCGCAAACUUCACUGACAAGGUCGCAGACAUGUGAGAGUUCAUCAACACCAAUGAAUUUCCAUGUGGAUAAGCCGCUCGUACACUGAUGCCAGAGAGCCGGGAGCAGGAUGAAGGUGUGUAACCGUGGAGUGCAGAUGCUCCUCUCCACGGCGGGGGCUUUCGCAGCCUUCAGCCUGAUGACCAUCGCGGUGGGCACCGACUACUGGUUGUACUCGCGUGGAGUCUGCAGGACCAAAAGCGUGAAUGACAAUGACACCAACCGAAAGAAUGAAGAGGUACUUACGCACUCGGGGCUCUGGAGACAGUGCUGCAUGGAAGGCAUAUUUAAAGGGGUUUGUAAGAACAUUGAUCAUUUUCCAGAGGAUGCAGAUUAUGAACAAAAUGCUGCAGAAUAUCUACUGCGUGCUGUGCGUGCCUCUAGUCUUUUCCCUAUAAUGAGUGUGGGACUGCUGUUCAUUGGUGGAGUGUGUGUAGCCGCCAGUGAGUUCUACAAAAGCCGACACAACGUCAUCCUGAGCGCAGGCAUCUUUUUUGUCUCAGCUGGUCUCAGCAACAUCAUUGGCAUUAUAGUGUACAUCUCAUCUAACGCUGGAGACCCCAACCAGAGCGAGUCCAAGCGCAGUCACUGGUACGGCUGGAGCUUCUACUGCGGCGCUCUUUCCUUCAUCAUAGCGGAGACUGUAGGCGUCCUGACCGUGCACCUGUUCAUCGAUACACACCGUGUGUUGAGAGCACGUUCACAGCGCUCACUCCAAAGCAGCACACAUUCCCUGCAGCAGCGGCGCUCGACCAGCUACCGUUCCCGCUACCGCUGGAGGCAGGGUCAAACCCGCGAACCUUCUCCGGCCCGUGACGGGAAAGACCUCGGGCUUUAUGCUCUGGGACGCGGACCACCAACAGCUACUCACGCGCUCGCGCACAACUCCCUAGGCACUGGCCGUGGUUUUGCACAGUUUCAUAACUCCGUCAUCGCUAACAACAGCUUUGCAAAUCCUCAUGUUUUCACCAUGCAGAACUCGGGGAAAUCGGAAAGAGAGCUUCCGCACAUACAGAACUCGUUGAGCACCGAGAAGAGGUUUGUGUUUCCAAAUGCACAUGAACUAAAUUCAGUCAAACCGGAAAACGGAGACGUGCUGUCGCAGAACUAUAAAUUAAACUCAGUAAAUCCCAGUAAAAGCCCAGUGUCCAGUGCACAGAAUUCUAGGAAUGACAAUUCACACGUGCAAAUUGUGUCUAAAAGUGGCACUGCGACAAGAACAACAACUCCGGUGUAAAAAAGAAUGGUUUAAGACCCCUGCUGCUAUGACGCUAUAUGAAAGGUCUGAGUGAAGAUAAGCUAUUUCCUUCACUGAAUAUAUGCAUAUUAUUCGCUUUUAGCUUUAUGCACUAAAUGAAGUGAAUUGACUCUAAAAAAAAAAAUGGUGCUGUUUAUUGUGCCCUCUGCUGUCUCUAUGCAGACGCGAACAUGCUGCCUUGUCCUUGUCCAGAUUUUUCGGAUGCUAUACUCUUCAUGGUCACAUGAGCAGCAUAUACUCAUAUGGACCCUUUUCAGAGACUGCAAUGUCACGUUUCACAGUUAUUAGCAUCGUAAAUCUAGAAAAGCAUUUUAUAUUGUAAUUGAAAUACAUUUAUAACACUGUUUUAUUACCUUGGCAUUAAAUUACAGAAAACUAGUUUACUGCUGUGUGGGUGUUUCUAAUAAAACAGCUGAGGGAGUGAAU